GACAACCUAUUGAAACCACACAACAAAACAAACCAAAAAACAGUAACUUUACCUUCCUUGGAGUAACAUAACAGCAACCUAACUCAAAAGAAUGUCUUUGGUAACCGAAGAAAUGAAAUCGAAAUCAGAGGUAUACCAUGGAGACGAAAUGUGUCAGCUGAAAUCCAAAGAGCUUCUGAGAGAAAUCGCUCUCCCCAACGGUCUAUUACCAUUGAAAGACAUCAUAGAAGUUGGUUACAACGAAGAAACAGGUUUCGUUUGGUUGAAACAGAAGAAGAGCAUAACUCACAAGUUUGAAAAGAUUGGAAAACUUGUUUCUUAUGCUACGGAAGUGACAGCUCAGGUUGAAAAAGGUAAGAUUAAGAAACUGAGUGGUGUUAAAACCAAAGAGCUUUUCAUUUGGAUUACACUUAGUGAUAUUUAUGUUGAUGAUCCACCUACCGGUAAAAUCACUUUUCAAACUCCUGCUGGACUUUUUAAGACUUUUCCAGUUUCUGCUUUUGAAGUUGAUGAGAAAUCAAGUGGUGUGAAAGAGAUUAACAACAAAGUCAAUGGAACUGUUGCGGGUGUUAAAGAGGUCUAGUUUUAGAGUCGUGUGGUUGGUUGAUACAUUUGACAAUUUAAUUAAUAAAUUGAUGUUGAUUUUAUCUAUAUAUUUAGGGAAGUUUCAAAGUUUAGUAGUAUUAAACAUCCUAUAUUGUUCUUCUCCAAUUCAAAAUGAAAUGAAAUUGCUUAAGAUAAA